AUGGGGCAGGCCGCGUCCCUUGAGGCAGCGGUCACUCAUGCUGAAACCGUCCUUGCUCAGGUCCAACAAUUGAAAAAGGAUAGAGAUGCUGCGCAAGCGCGGUGCCAAGGGGCUGAGGACGAACUCGCUGCUGAGCGACAAAAGUUGGUGGUUCUGAACAGCAUCAGCGUUGCUCGAAAGAGGAAAGCCCGCGAGGAGAAGAGUGACUUUGAGGCAAAGAUUGCUCGGCUACAGGAGGAACUACAUGCUAAAAACAUCAGGAUACAGGAGUUGGCCAAGACAGCAAGCCCCAACGUGGAUGGGCCACGUGUUGACAAACAUGUGACAUUUCAGGUGGAGUCGGGACCUGAGGACUCUGAUGAUGACAGCCCCUUGUGCAUCCGACGGGCUCGUCAGGAGGCUGAGGCGCUCUUGCCCCUUGAAAGAUUGGUGGCUGCAAAGUGCUACCUGAUGAAGGUCCUGCGGCUGAGGAUCCCCUGGCGUGGUGACUCCUGCCUGUCUGAUGGCUCUGAUGUGGGCCUUGAUCUGUCAAGAGCCUACUUUGAUUCGGGCGACCACGUGGUCUUUGGCCUACCGCUGUCUUUCACGUUAAGCAUGAUGGCCUUUGGCUUGGUCGAAUACGGGGAGCUUUAUGGGACCGAGCAAGAUCGCGCAAUCGCCGCCCUCAAGUGGGGCACUGAUUGGCUCCUGAGAGCACACCCCUCCGAGAACGAGCUCUACGUUCAGGUUGGUGAUGGGGAAAAAGAUCAUGCUUGCUGGAUGAGACCUGAGGACCUCGACAUGCAGAGGCCGAGCUUCAAGGUAGACUCAAGCAAGCCAGGCUCCGAAGUGGCUGCGGAGGCAGCAGCUGCACUCGCUGCAGCAUCGAUCGUCUUCAGGGAGCGGGAUAAUGCUUACCACGAUGUCCUGAUCUUUCAUGCGACCCAGCUCUUCCAUUUCGCGGAUAAAUACCGGGGGAGUUAUAGCGACUCUGUCCCGGCUGCAGCAGCAUUUUACAAAUCGUACUCUGGGUAUGGUGAUGAGCUGCUGUGGGCUGCUGCGUGGCUUCACAGGGCCACGUCGGACCCAACCUACAUUGCUUAUAUGACUGGGCCCAAUUCGAACGACGGCCCAUUGAAUUGGAAGGGAACGGCGACAGAAAUAUCAUGGGACGACAAGAGGGCAGCCGCGCAGCUCUUAGCAGCUCGGCUCGUCCUCCUCGGUCAGCAGCCUUCAGGGACGGCUCUAGAUCAUUACAAGAAGGCCCUCGACGGCUUUGUGUGCUCGUACGUGACAGGGAAUACGCCAAAGACUGCUGCGGGGCUGCCAUGGAUCCGGGAAUGGUCACCUUUGCAAUAUGUGACCACGAGCGCAUUUGUGAUAGCGGCUUACAACGACAUUUUGCAGCAAGCAAAUGCGUCACUGACAUGCUCGGGCAGCACGUACACGAGCGACACGCUGUUGGCGUACAGCAAGAAGCAGGCGGACUACAUCCUCGGCGCGAACCCGCGGCGCAUGUCGUAUAUGGUCGGCCUGGGAGAGUCGUUCCCACAAAGGGUGCACCAUAGGGCAGCAUCAAUCCCGAGAGACGGAAUUCAUUACAAAUGUGGCGAAGGCUUCAAGUUCUUUCAGACGUCGGACCCCAACCCAAACGUGCUGGAGGGCGCGAUCGUGGGCGGCCCCGACCAGGCAGACAACUUUCAAGAUGCGAGAACAAACUUCAAGCAGUUAGAAGCUAGUGUGUACGUUGUUGGGCCAUUCUUAGGACUUGCAGCGCGUCUGAGCGGCUCAAGCCCCCCACCUACAGCAUCACCUUCAGCUACUGAACCAGAUGUCAACAUUGGGGAGCCACCAGGACCCAUUUUGUGCGAAUGUGAUUGUGAGGGUUUUUGA